UUGUUUACUCUGACGUCAUCUCCAUGCGCCGCUCACAUGUUCGCAACAUGGAAGCGGCUCCCUCAGCAGGCGGAUGACACGCAGCUGAACGGAGUUUCAGAGCUGAUGGAGCUGCUUCACAUCGAAGUGGAGGCUGAUGUUCCCGGUAGACCAGGACGGGACGAUGCACCCUGUUCUAGGAACGUCCUGAGGAAGCAGCGGAACUGGGAGCGGCAGCUGGCCGCCAAGAAGAGCAAAAGGAGAGAGGAGAAACAGAGGAGGAAGCUCAGCCGCGAGCAGCAGUCUGGCGCCUGUUUAGAAGCUCCCCAGAUCUCGAAACGACUCCUGAAGGCCAUCGCUAAAGAGCGCCUGGCCGAGGCUCGGUGCACGGGGCUCCGGCUCUGCGUGGACCUCAGCAUGACCGACUGCAUGUCCGACAAGGAGGAGAUCCUGUACCAGUACCCGGUGUGUGAAGCCUCCAGGCAUCUUAAAGGAGUGAGGGGAAUCUUCCUCACGCUGUCCGACAUGCUGGAGGGCGUCACGGGGGGGCGCAUCCUCAGCUCGUCUCUGCUGCUGGGAAAACAUCUGGACGGAAACAAGCUGCUGGUCAUCGGCCUUCCUGCUGAGAGGGUUCCCCUGCUGGCCCUGCAGACGCUGCUGGGGGACGUGGUGAGGACCCUAAAAGUCAUGUACGGCUCCUUGGACAGGGCUUUCUGCAGGCCGGACCAGGCCCCCCGGCUGGACCACUUCUUCUGCCUGUUCUUCCAGCAGCUCAUCCAGCCGUUUCGCCUGAGGGGGGGCGCCUCCAACUCGCCCCCCGACGUGUCGGGGACGCUCUUCCUGGACGGGCUGCCGGCCGUCCGAUGGCUCACGCUGCCUCCAGAGAUCAAGAGGCACUUCAUGCAGUGCGUCCUGCUGGAAGCGGGUGGAUGUGCCUCACCGGCUCUGGGCUCCACCGGACCGGACUGCGUUUAUGUGGAUCAGGUCAAAGCCACGCUUCUGCAGUUGGAGGCCCUGGAGGGGGGGAUCCGGGCCCGUUUGGCCGCCCCCCCCACGCCCUGCCUGUCCUGCGCCGACUGGUUCCUGCCGGCCGCCCGCGAGCGCCCCACCUCCCCCAUCCUCAGCAGGCUGGCCGGGGUCAUCAGAGGCUCCUCCCCCUCUGGAGGAGGCCCCGGACCACUGCCCCCCCCCCCCAGACCCGGGCGGGAGGCCGGGGGGCCGCCGGGACUCCGUGGGCUCCGACGGCCCCUUCAGGAUGUCCAGGAUGAAACACCCCAACCCUUUUUACCUGGGCACCCUGAGGAAGAGCCUGACGGAGAGGGAGGCAGAGGAGGUGUACAGCAACAUAAAGGGUUCGGGGGGUGGAGGCCGGUGUGGCUGACCCCAGAGUUUGCCUUCAGGCUGACGGCGGGCGCGGAGAACCCGCUGUUCCACUACGUUCUGAUGGAGAACGUGCAGGGCAUCUUCAUCGCGCCGACCCACGGAGAGGUGGCCCAGCUCAGCGGCUCCGUCCACCCACGGCUCAUCAGGAACUUCCACCACUGCUGCCUCUCCAUACGCCACGCCUUCCAGCAGAGCCUCCCCGCCAGGGGCCGGCGGGGGGCGGACCGGUCCCCGGGCGGGUGGGGCCUCGGCCCGGUGAAGGAGCACGGCGUGCUGUUUCAGUGUAAACCCGAGAACUGGACCGACCAGAAGAGGCCGCCGCCCACCAUGACCUACUGGGUCAUCGGGCGGAUGCUGCUGGAACCGGUUCCUCAGGAGUUCUACGUGUGUUUCCACGAUUCGGUGGCUGAGGUCCCGGUGGAGAUGGCCUUCAGACUCUCCUUCGGUCUGGCGCCGUGA